ACGUUUCCGGCGGUUCGACGUGAUGACGUACGAAACGGGAAGCGCCUUCUGAACUUGUUGCCACGUCGAAAUAUCCCUGUCGGGUUUAUUCACUGGGAAUCAACCUAAUCUAUGGUUUAAUAUUAACCACAACAAUCAUGGUCUCCGUUAUCAACACAGUGGAUACCUCGCAUGAGGACAUGAUUCACGAUGCCCAGAUGGACUACUAUGGCACGCGACUGGCCACCUGCUCAUCCGACCGCACCGUCAAGAUCUUUGAUGUCAGGAAUGGAGGGCAGAUAUUGGUAGCAGACCUGAGGGGCCACGAGGGUCCUGUGUGGCAGGUGGCAUGGGCCCACCCCAUGUACGGUAACAUCCUGGCCUCUUGCUCGUACGACCGCAAGGUCAUCGUCUGGAAGGAGGAGAACGGCUCCUGGGACAAGAUGUACGAAUACACUGGACACGAGUCCUCAGUGAACUCGGUGUGCUGGGGACCAUAUGACUUUGGUCUGAUCCUGGCUUGUGGGAGCUCUGACGGCGCCAUCUCUCUGCUCACCUUCACUGGAGAACAGCAGUGGGACGUGAAGAAGAUCAGCAAUGCACACACAAUUGGCUGCAACGCAGUUAGCUGGGCUCCAGCUGUGGUCCCUGGCAGUCUAGUGGACCAGCCGUCAGGACAGAAACCAAACUACGUCAAGCGCUUUGUCUCUGGCGGAUGCGACAACCUGGUCAAACUCUGGAAGGAGGAAGAUGGCCAAUGGAAGGAGGACCAGAAGCUUGAGGCUCACAGCGAUUGGGUGAGAGACGUUGGCUGGGCUCCUUCUAUUGGUCUGCCCACCAGCACCAUCGCCAGCUGCUCACAGGAUGGGCGGGUGUUCAUCUGGACGUGUGAGGACCCGACAGGGAACACCUGGACGCCCAAGCUGCUCCACAAGUUUGUUGACGUCGUCUGGCACGUCAGCUGGUCCAUCACUGGAAACAUCCUCGCCGUCUCCGGGGGCGACAACAAGGUGACACUCUGGAAGGAGUCUAUGGACGGCCAGUGGGCUUGUAUCAGUGAUGUCAGCAAGGGCCAGGGGGCGGUGUCCUCCAUCACAGACACUCAGCAGAGCGAGCAGUGAUGCACUCACUCACACACAUGAAGUACAAUACACAUCUCAUAACACACACUCAGCAAGCAGUGACACACACCAUAACACACAAAACACACACACACAUAUUACAACACACGUGCAUACACUCACACGCGAACAUGUACACACACACACACACACACACACACACACACACACACACACACACACACACACACACACACACACACACACACACACACACACCAGAUGUGAUGUCCUGAAACAUUCCGUCUGCACCUUCACUCCAACCUAUCUCAUAAUGCCUUGCGGGUCUAGUGGCCACCCUCUGAUUGACUCUCAUCAUAGCUCAUCAAUCUGCAGACACAUCCUUCAGAACCAAACGAGUUCUGGUGGUUCUGUUUCUCUCCCUGGGUUCUCCAGAAUCUUGUGAAUAGGAUUUGAAACUGGUUCCAAACCAGCUUAAACCUCCCUCUAAUUUGAACCCUCCCCCCCCCAGCUGCCCAGAGCAGUUAUGUGGAGGAUAAUCAAACAUGAUUGAAACAAACUGUUAAAUACUAGAACAUGUUUAAACAAAGACACCUGGCGGUCUUUUUCAAGUGUAAAUUUUGAGGAAAUGAUUUGUAUGUUUUUUUUUCGUGAAUGAUAUUAAAUUAAAAA